UGAAAAGGGAGAAGACACAUCCCUUCAUUAUUAUUAGCAUUCAUCAUCGUGCUUACAGAUUUGCAAUUUUGAGAGCUCAGCAUUGUUUUGCACUGCAUUGGUUAGGACAGCGAAGAUCUGUUGCGAAGAAUGGAUGGACAUGAUUCAGAAGGUCCGAAGCAAAGCACUGCUGAUAUGACAGCUUAUGUGCAAAAUCUUCUUCAGCAGAUGCAAUCCAGGUUCCAGACGAUGUCGGAUUCCAUUGUUACGAAGAUCGAUGAUAUGGGAAGUCGCAUAAAUGAGUUGGAGCAGAGCAUAAAUGAUCUAAGAACUGAGAUGGGAGUUGAAGGUUCUCCAUCGCCCAUUGCGACGCCCAAUCCGAAGUCAAGUGAAGAUAAGCCAGACGAACCUUCAGCUUAGACUUAGUGAAUGUGCAUUUCCUUUGUGUAGUAGUAUGGGAGGGAAAAAUUGAUGAAUACUAUGAUAUCACAAUUGCACUUUCUGUGGUCUUUUCGGUUUUCCGUCUGCUGUACGUCAUAUUUUCAUCUCUUUUAAAGACAGUACUUGAAGUCUUGAAGUGGUGUGUGGUGAUUGCUUAUAUCAGAGGUAUAUUCAUGAAUCUGAAAAUAUUUGCGUCGUU